UCGCUUCGAAUCUUUUGCUGCGCUUCUUCUACCCUCUUUUUACUGAUCUCUUCUCUCAUCUGCUCUCGUCACAAUCAAUCUUCAAAUUCCUCUUCUCUACUUUCGUUUAUUCAUCUUCCACUACAGUCGAUCUCUGGACCACUACAUGUUAAUAAGCACUACUGGAGAGACGCUUCAGAACUACAUUGUCACACUCCUCGAUUGAUCGUAAUGACAGGAUCUACAUCACAGCUCCCUUCGGUGACGAGCACAAAUCACCGAGCCUGGUUUUGGAUAACCCUCAUCAUCUGCACAAUUAUGUGUCCUUGCUUCUUACUCUGGCGUAUUAUAGCGAGAUAUCGUCGCUAUAGUCUUGAUGAUCUCGCCGUUCUUUUUUCUUUCGUUUUCAUCGUUACACAUUCAGCCCUCUUGAUGGUAGGGCUUGAGUCAGGAUUUGGAGUUACUUUGGCACCAGAUUCCGAGACUGAGAUUACGAAAGCUGCAAAGCUGGUCUUUGCUAGUAGAAUAAUGCUCUUCCUUGUCCUAGGGACGUCUAAGAUAUCGGCUCUCCUGCUUCUUCGACGAUUUUUACCUCCUGGAAGCUGGCGUAAUUAUACUUUGAAUACUGGAGUGGUACUCGUGGUCAUCUGGGGCAUUGUCGCGGUCUUGACGACGAGUAUUGCUUGCUCACCUGGUUAUAUGCUGUCAUCGAGCCCAGGGAACCUACAUCAACACACUGAUACCAGAGUUUCUGUAGCUAUGGCAUUGAGUAUUGCAACAGAAAUAGGAGGGUUGGGCUUAGCUGCUUGUACUUCGAAACAUAUGCAAGUAGAAGCUACUCAGAAGAGGAAUAUGCUCCUAGCUUUUAUCUUGAGAAUACCAAACAUCGCACUCAGUAUCGCAUAUCUAAUCACCUACCUCCACUUCCUCUCCCACAGGAUCUCAAACAUCAACUUUGUCCCCGUGGCCAUUAUACAACAAAUCCUAGCCACGUAUUCUUUCCUCUCCUCCUGCACACCCGCCUUCAUCAUCACUAUACCCAGCGCUUCCACUACUUCUUCCUCUUGCUCGGAAGCCCGCACUCGCAAAACCCGAAGAAGAAUUUCAACACCCAUGUCUUUCUUCGGCGACAAAAUCCGCGGAGACCGAGAAGUCUACACCCAUAAAGCGAGGAUCUUUGCAGAUGUCAAGGAAGUGCAGAGGAGAGAAUCGUUGAGAAGGAUUCGGCAGGAAGAAAAGAGGAAGAGGGGCCAUUGUGCUGGACAGAGUCAGGAGAGCUUGAAGGGAAUUGUUAGGGAGGAGACUUUUGAGGUGUGCUGAAUUGUGGAUGGAUUUUUUUUUCCUUUUGUUUUGACUAGAUUGUGAAAUCAUGAACGAUACUUGCCACAUCUGCUGUUAUGGCUGUGUUACUGGGAAGCGUUCACGCCCCGAGAUCUUGAGAGGGUACAGCACGUAUGGAGCUUUGACAAAGUUCCGUGGUCCGGCAUUGGGUUAUCCAGAUCUGUGAGGGACUGUUAGAGACACCAAGUCUAGAAGGUGGACCAGUCAUCCG